AUGAGUGCUUGCUUGCUUUUCAGCAGCUGUUUAUCAUUUCUCUGCUUCUUGUGUUGUUCCACAUGGCCAGUGAUUACUGAGAAAUCAAGACUCGGUUUUCAUUCCCUGCUCAUCUUUGCUAUGGUAACACUUUUUCAGACCCACUUUUCUGUGGAGUUGUGGUGGACCUGGGGCUACUCAGGUGUGGCAACACCACCCAGAACAGGUAUCCCUCUCGGUGCCACUAUGGAGGCCUUGCUCAGGAGCUGCCGAGUCCCGGCGCUGGGUGCCCGUCACGGCGGGGCCAGGGCCCAGCACAGCGGCGGCACCGCGGGCAGGGCCCGGCGCCUGCUGCUCUCGCAGCUCUUCCAGCCGCUGGCGCUGCCCACGGGCGGCCAGGCGGGCUCCGAGGGCCGGCCCGGGGAGCCCAGCUGCCGCAGCCAGCGGCUGAUGCUGCAGGCAGGGCUCAUCCACCCCACCAGCCCCGGCUGCUACUGCUACCUGCCGCCCACCGUGCGCGCCAUGGAGAAGCUGAUCAAGCUGAUGGACCAGGAGAUGCAGGCCGUGGGCGGGCAGAAGCUGAACCUGCCCAGCCUGUGCUCAGCGGAGCUGUGGCGCGCCAGCGGCCGCUGGGACCAGAUGGGCCCGGAGCUGUUCCGGCUGCUGGAUCGGCACAAGCACGGCUACUGCCUGGGCCCCACGCACGAGGAGCUGGUGACGGCGCUGGUGGCCUCGCAGAGCGGCCUGUCCUACAAGCAGCUCCCGCUGCGCCUCUACCAGGUCACCAGGAAGUUCCGUGACGAGCCCAAGCCCCGCUUCGGCCUGCUGCGCAGCCGGGAGUUCUACAUGAAGGACAUGUACACCUUCGACAGCUCCGAGCAGGCAGCCCGGCGCACCUACGAGCAGGUGUGCGCCGCCUACUGCAGCCUCUUCACCCGCCUGCGGCUGCCCUUCGUCAAGGUGCGGGCGGCCACGGGCAGCAUCGGCGGCAGCACGUCCCACGAGUUCCAGCUGCCAGCGGACAUCGGCGAGGACAGGCUGCUGCUGUGCCCUCAGGGACACUUCGCGGCCAACGUGGAGACGCUAAACGGGGAGCAAACCUCGUGCCCUGAGUGCGGGGAGAAGCUCAGCGAGACCAAAGGCAUCGAGGUGGGGCACACGUUUUACCUGGGCACCAAGUACUCCUCGGUCGCCAACGCCGUGUUCUCCUCGGCCGAGAACAAGCCACAGCUGGCAGAAAUGGGCUGCUACGGCCUGGGCGUCACCCGCAUCCUGGCGGCCUCCAUCGAGGUGCUCUCCACCGAGGACAGCAUCCGCUGGCCCAGCCUCAUUGCGCCCUACCAGCUCUGCUUCAUCCCCCCCAAGAGGGGCAGCAGGGAGGAGGAGGAGGGAGCGGCGCUGCUGGAGCAGGUGUACGAUGAGCUGGCCCAGGCGCUGCCCCAGCUCGCCGGUGACGCGGUGCUGGAUGACCGGAGCCAGCUGACCAUCGGCAAGAGGCUGAAGGAUGCCCAGAGGCUGGGCUACCCCUACGUGGUGGUGGCUGGGAAGAGGGUCUGUGAGGACCCCCCGGUCUUUGAGGUUUGGGAUCAGAAUGCCGGCGAGGUUUUGUUCCUUACCAAAGAAGGAGUCAUAGAGCUGCUGAGUAAAGUGCAAGUCCCUUAAAUGGCUCCUCUCUGAAUCCGUCAUGUCUGCUGCAGUGAGUUCAUCUGAGCAGCCCUGGCAAUGGCUCUGGGUGAGCAGAGGCAAAUCCAGCUCAUGUCAGAGCCAGCCAUGGUGUCCUGCAGGUGUGCCAGGUGCUGAGGUUGAGCUGGAAUCAGCACACAUCCCACCACAUGGCUGGGGACGUUCCUUCCUCUGGGUACAGGUCCCUGGAAGUUGCUUUUUUCAGCACUUGUAGCCUCGUGUGGCUGUGGGAGCACUGGCAGGGCCAUCCCUUCACUGCCUGGCAGGGACAGACUGGCCAUGGCCUCUGUCAGGAGCACAGGACACCCAAAACUGCACAGGGGGACAGGAGGGCUCCCCUCACUGCCAUGUUCUCAGCAUGAAGGAUUGUAAGAGAGACAAAGGAAGGUGACUUUCCUCUGUUUGCAUCUCUUUGGGAACGCCUAGGGCCCAUGAAGGUGGAAGAUUGCCGUGGCAGGGCUCCUGCAAGGAACUGCUUGGUGCCAUCCCAUCAGCACUGAUGGGACAGGGAGCUGCUUGGAGGGGUCACCUCACCCUGUGCCACAGCUCCUCGAUCUGAGAUCUAGAGAUCAUGAGCAAUACUGUAAUAAAAUCACUGAAUCAAAA